CCUAUUCUAAUUGCGACUUUAUGACGAGCCAAUCGGACAGAGAUACAGCAAAUCUAACCUAACCUAAGCUAACCUGACCUGAAAUGUAAACAGCUGUUUACGUAAAGCGACAAAAUAUUAAGUAUCGGAUAAACUUAUAAAGCAAUAAAAUAUUAAGUAUCGAAUAACAUUUCUAUUAUUGAACAUAUCUUAUAGCGUGAUAUAAAUGGAUACAUUCUUCUUUAUAUAAAAUGAAAUUCAGAUUCGAAAGAUAUCUCAAGCAAUUUUGUAGGUUACGAUCUUCUUGGUUACAAACAUUGCCUGCGGAAACAUCAGAAAAAAAUGUGACCAGUCAGAAAUUAUGUCUGUCUGAACCAGACUAUGAUACAGAAUUUUUGUGCAAUCCUAAAAAUCGCGAUGCUAUAUUUAAUAAUAUCAAAAGAAGGAAGAACAUUGGCGAUAUCGAUAAAAUCCUCGAACUUUCAGACAAGCCUGAGAAGCAAAAAUUGUUCUUGGAAGAAUUGAGUAAAUUACCAAAUUUUACGCAUCCUGCUGUAAUCGAUUAUGGCAAUGUGCCAAAGCUUUUAAAGCAAUGCGGCGAGAAAGUAAAAUUUGAUUUUGAACCUAAAGAAUUUGCUGAACUUGUCACUGAUCUCAAAGCCAUGAGAAUACAAAAUCUGGGCCCUAUUGCUGGACAGAGAAGUUAUAUAUUUUUGGGCGAUUUGGCAGAAUUGGAAGAGGCAUUGAUUCAAUACACUAUUAGGGAAUUGAUGAAGCAUGGUUUUAAGUUAAUAUCGGUUCCUGAUAUUAUUCAAACUGAAGUUAUCGAGAGAUGUGGUUUAAUAACAGAUGAUCGAACUCUUGUAUAUAAUUUAGAUCCUUGUUGUGGAGAUGAUUAUAGUCUAUCUGGGACUGCAGAAAUGUCACUAGCGAGAAAGUUAAUAAAUACUACAUUCCCUUAUGAUAAAUUACCACUGAAAUUAGCCGCUGUUAGUCGAUGUUAUCGCGCGGAAGCUUCAAGUGCACUAGAUGAAAGAGGAAUAUAUAGAGUUCAUCAAUUCACCAAAGUGGAAAUGUUUGUCUGUUCCGAACCAUGCCAAUCUGAGAAAGUGUUUCAAGAUCUUCAAAACAUACAAGGAGAAUUGUUCUCUUCGUUAGGUUUACAUUUUCAAGUAAUGGAUAUGCCUCCAAGUGAUCUAGGUUCAUCAGCUUAUAGAAAAUACGAUAUAGAAGGCUGGAUGCCUGGAAGAAAACAAUAUGGUGAAUUGUCUAGUUGUAGUAAUUGUACAGAUUAUCAAUCUAGACGUCUCAACAUCAAGUACAAAACGAAAGAAGGAAACACAGUUUAUAUGCAUACAUUGAAUGGCACUGCGUGUGCGAUACCUCGCAUGCUAAUUGCGUUAUGCGAGACUUAUCAGACGAAACAUCAUCGCAUUACUGUCCCAGAAAAGUUGGUGCCUCUAAUGAAGGGCAAAACACUUAUUAAGAAGCAACCUAUAGCAGACAUGAGAAUUUAUAAGUACAAACAAAAAUUAAAUCUAAGUAAAACUUAAAUAUAAUAAAUCUAGACAAUAAAUCUUAAGUGAUUUUUAAUAUCCAAAAUCUUAUUCUAAAUAAAUAAAACAUUCGUGAUUAAAUUUGGGAUCUGCCAAUUAGGAGUCGAGCUACAUAAAGUCACGCGUAGAUAUAUAUGUACACACAUAUACAUAUAAUAAACUCUAUAAAGAAAAAUUUUCUUAAAGAACUUGUUUAUGCUAUAAUGAAAGGAAGUUAGGAAUCACUAAAAGAGAGAAAGAGAGAGAGAUCGAAUAUUAAACACCACCUGUCAGUAUAUAUUUUCUAUAAACUAGUACAAUAUUAUUAUAUACAAAGAAAGAUAGGGAUCCGAAAAUUGUACGUACACAGGGAUAAAGAUUUUUUUUCUUUUCUUAUAAUUUCUUUGUUAUUCUGUAUAUAUUUUGUAGUGGAGCUUAUAAAAAUGUAACACAAAAUAUUUUUUUCUUAAAGUAAUACAAUUCAAAGACAUUGCAAAUUUACA